CUCGCUACCUCCACCACCCCCACACACCUCCCUCGCACGCCAUGCCGCUGCCCACAGCCGUCUCCGCGCGCCGGUCCGGCACGUCGCAGACCAUCGUCAUCAAGCUCGGCACCUCCAGCAUUCUCUCCUCGCACACCUCGCAGCCCAAGCUCAGCGUGCUCUCGGGCAUCGUCGAGACGUGCGCUGCACUGCGCGCACAGGGCCACCGCGUCGUGCUCGUCUGCUCCGGCGCCAUCGGCAUGGGCCGCCUGCGCAUGGGCAUCAAGGAGAAGCCAAAGAGCGUCGGCGAGCGCCAGGCACUGGCGGCGCUGGGCCAGCUGCGCCUCAUUGCGCUGUGGGACAGCCUCUUUGGACAGGUGGGCAUCAGCGUCGCACAGGUGCUGCUGACGCGCAACGACAUUGCCGAUCGUCCGCGCUACGAGAACGCACGCACCACGCUCGCCACGCUCCUCUCCACGUUCGACUCGAUUCCCAUCGUCAACGAGAACGACACCGUCUCCGUGUCUGAGCUGCGCUUCGGCGACAACGACACGCUCUCGGCCAUCACUGCCGGCAUCGUCGAUGCCGACUAUCUCUUCCUCUGCACCGACGUCGAUGGCCUGUACACGGGCAACCCGAACAGCGACCCCCAGGCGCGCAGGCUGGGCCUGGUGCCGAGUGUUGCCGCGGCGCGCAGAGCUGUCUCCGUCGACACGCCCGGCUCGUCGUUCGGCACGGGUGGCAUGGCGACGAAGCUGAUUGCCGCCGAGCUUGCGACUGCCGCUGGCGUAGCUACAGUGAUCAUCAAUGGCGCUCAUCCCGCCGCGAUGCUCUCCGUUGUAGAGCGUGGUCUUCCUCCACUGGGAGACGCUGCCGUCGACUCGCUGGCCUCGUCCAUCUCUUCGCUCGGUGCCGACGAGCUCGCACAGGUCGGCGCGCCGGCGCUCGAGGACCCGCCUCACACGCUCUUCCUGCCCAUCUCUGAUCCGCUGGCGCGGCGCAAGUGGAGUCUCUUGCAUGCGUUGCAUCCCGCAGGCAGUCUCUUCAUCGAUGAGGGCGCAUACCGGCGUCUCUCGCGCCCUGACUCGGGCGGCCGGCUGCUGCCAGCCGGCGUCGUCGGCGUGGAGGGCACGUGGGAGCGCAUGCAGGCGGUGCGCAUCGUGCUGCGCCGUCCGGCAUCUGACAGUGCAGCAGGUGCCUCGCAUGCCGGCACCGCAGACGACGAGCUUCCGCCGCCGGCGACGCUGGCUCAACGAGGCUUGAGUGUCUUUCUGCGCAACGAGGCAGGCUCGGGCACCAGCACGCCCAUCCAUCUCGCCGGCGACGAGCCGGUGCAUCUGGUGCCCGCAGCGGCCGUGCUGGAGGGCGAGGCAAGGGACAAGGAAGAGGAGACGACGCGGUGGGAGUGGAUCGAGGUGGGCCGCGGGCUUGCAAACUACAAUUCCAUCGAGAGCGAGCGGAUAAAGGGCAUCAAGAGCUCGCAGAUCUCGGCCACCCUCGGCUACGCAGACAGCGACUAUAUCGUCGAUCAGCUGGCGCUCCUGCCCACCGAUGGCGCCGCAUAGUCUCGCCGCAGCGUCGCGCUAUGGCCUCUACAUAGAUCGCUCUCAGUCACCGGAACACCAUCAGACUCAAAUGCAUGCAGCAGUCAUUGAUCGCGGU